AUGACCCAAAUCUCAUGGAGCCUUCAAAUUUUCCGCCAAAUUUUGAAAACUUGCAUAGACCAAAGGGACCUCAUAAAAGGCAAAUCUUUACACGCCUGUUAUGUCAAGUCCCUCAUCCCAGAAUCCACAUAUAUUUCCAACCAUUUCAUCCUCCUUUACUCCAAAUGCAGCCGUCUGUCCGCUGCUCGUAAAGCAUUUAAUCUCAUACUUGAUCCCAAUGUCUUCUCCUUUAACGCCAUUAUUGCUGCCUAUGCUAAAGAAUCACAACCUCACAUUGCUCAUCAGCUGUUCGACAGAAUUCCCCAACCGGACAUUGUAUCGUACAAUACUCUUAUUUAUGCUUAUGCUGACCGUGGUGACAUAAGGCCCUCACUCGAACUUCUUUCUGGAGUUAGGAGUGUGGGUUUAGAUAUGGAUGGAUUCACUUUUUCUGCGGUUAUUAGUGCUUGUUGUGAUCAGGUUGAACUGGUAAAACAGUUGCAUUGUUUGGCUCUUUCGGGUGGGUUCGAUAGUUAUGCUUCGGUUAAUAAUGCUUUGAUAUCUGGGUACAGUAAGAAUGGGUUUUUCAGUGAGGCUGAGACGGUGUUUAGUGGAAUGUGCGGGAAUAAAGAUGAGGUCUCAUGGAAUUCGAUGAUAGUGGCGUACGUUCAGCAGAGGGAAGGUUUGAAGGCGCUGGCAUUGUAUCAAAAAAUGCUGCGUCUGGAUUUAUAUGUGGACAUGUUUACUUUGGCGAGUGCGUUGACUGCAUUUACGAGCAUCGAGGAUUUGCUUGGUGGGAUGCAGUUUCAUGCCCAGUUGAUCAAAAUGGGGUUUCAUCGCAAUGCUCAUGUUGGAAGUGGUUUGAUUGACUUUUACUCGAAAUGCAGCACUUCAAUGUUGGAAUCUGAGAAGGUGUUUCAGGAAAUACCUGUGCCUGAUUUGGUGCUUCGGAACACCAUGAUUUCUGGCUAUUCGAAGAAUGAUGAGUCGUCCGAAGAGGCUCUUAUUUACUUCAAGCAGUUGCAACACGCUGGUCACUUUCCUGACGACUGCAGCUUUGUUUGCGUGAUAAGUGCAUGUUCUAACUUGGCAUUGCGUUCACAAGGACAGCAGAUACACUCUCUGGCAAUGAAAUCAGAUAUCCCAUCCAACAGAAUAGCCGUAAAUAAUGCCCUGGUUGCAAUUGAAGACGACAACAAGAAAUUGACGUCGUUAAUAAUGGAGUCCAGGCCUUUGCACCCGCUUCACCAAAUGGCAGAGACCCCCAUCUCACAAGCUCUUCCUCAAGCAAUAGCUGAAAGAAGAAGAGCUAAUCCUCAACAGAAUCUCCCUCAAAGCGACCCAAACCGACUCGGCCCCAGAACGAGAUCACGCAAUUCUACCGCCUCUUCUUCCUCUUCCACUCCAUUGCCCUAA